AUGCCGGCCGUUGCCUUUGAUAUCCUAGGAACACUUUUCACUUUUGAUAAAGUGGUCGCUUGCUUACAGGAAACCUUUAACGAACUGGCGUCUGAGCAAGCUGCAAAGCACUUGUUUCGCGAUUGGUUCUGGUCUAGCACGCGCGAUUUUUUUGGAGCAUCACACGCAGGCCGAUACAUUCCACUUUUGAAAGUCCUCAAGUCCACUUUAACGCGCACCAUGCUGAUAGCAGGAUACGAUGCACCAUCAUUGGAGCAGAUAGAGGCUGUCAUGAAAACGUUCAACGAGCUGGAACCCGCUGUUUCAGCUUUCGACGCGCUCACACUUCUUCACGAAAAAGGCUGGGAUAUCUGGAUUGUCACCAACGGUAGCCAUGAUACAACAUCCAGGCUACUUGAACGUACAGGUCUUUUUCAUUUCUUUCGACAAGGCUCGGACAAGGAGAUAAAUGUGAUGAGCUGUGAUGACUUGGGUAUAUCCAAACCCCAUCCAAAAGUAUACUCAGAGCUUAUGCGUAUUGCAGUUCAUAGAACACAACGCAUCGAGAACUUUUAUUUGAUUUCAUCUCAUGCUUGGGACUUGGCAGGUGCAAAAAACGUGUGUUUUCGGACCGUAUUUCUGACAACAGAAGAAAAGGUAUACCCCAAAGAUUUAUAUGAUGGCACCGGUCCUGACAUUCAAGGUGAUACUAUGCUAAGUUGUGCCAAAACCAUGAUAGAGUUAGAGAGCAACAAAAAGUCAUAUAUGUAG